AUGGAUAUUAUUGAUAUUCGCCUCGGAACGGGACUGGACCACUGGAGUUGCAAAUUAUCAGGUGAUGGCAGUUACUCGGUCAGCUGUCUCAGAAAGAUUGUGGAUGUUUCGCAGGUCUACAUCCCUGAGACUUCUGUGAUUCUUUGGUGUAAGGUGGUACCCAUUAAGGUGACAUGUUUUAUUUGGAGGGCAGUACAAGCUAGAAUUCCAACCACUGUGGCGUUAGACAAGAGAGGUAUUGCAGUAAAUUCCUUGCUGUGCUGUUCGUGUAUUGGGGCGGUUGAAUGUUCAGAACACGUUCUUAUGAACUGUCCAUUUGCGACUAUGAUCAGGAAUAAUAUAUUGGGUUGGUGUGGAUUAUCACAUGUUCAGGACUCUUUGAAGAAUUCUUAUGAUCUUCUUCAAUUGGCUGGCACAAGAUGGAACUUCAAAAAGAAAAAGGAAAGGCUGGUGGCGAUCUGCUAUGGUUUGCUGUGGAAUUUAUGGAGAUUCAAAAAUAAACGCCUAUUCCAAAUGGAAGGGACUUCACCAUCUUAUGGUAUCGAUUGCAUAAAGUCAAUGGUUUUUUACUGGUUGAAGCAUAGAAAUAAGAAUAGUAUUUGCAAUUGGGAGGAGUGGUUAAUCUCUCCGUUUUCUGAUUUGUAA